UGGGAAAGAUGAAUAAUAAUGAACUCUGUUAAACAGAGGGGGGUCCAUCAGAGCCUGUAGUUCUGGUUCUGGAGGCUGUAGUUCCGGGUCCUGCCAGCAGAGGGCGCAGUUUGUUGACAGCUGCUCAGCACAGUAUGAAGCUGUCACACAGACAGACAGGGCGAUGUCCCCCCUCUGCUCCUCUGUAACCUGCAGCUGUCUUUAAACACCUGAACGGGUCCACCUGAUCCGGAUCCACCUGAACGGGUCCACCUGAGAACCCAAGACACUCAUUCAUGUGGUGACGUGUUCCAGGUCCGGGUCCUGGAGCAGGGAGAGUCCUGAUGCUCUGAAGCUUCCCCUCAGGUGUGUUCUAAACAGAGAAUCUGAACUGACUUCCAGGACCGGCUGAGUCCACCUGGGCGGAAACAUGGCGUCCCCUCCGAUCCAGCAGUCUGUCCUGAGGGAGUUCUGCCCGCUGUAUUACCUGCUGAAUGCCAUCCCAGCCAAGGUGCAGCGGGGGUUCCGGUCUGUGCUGGUCUACCUGACGGCCCUGGACAGCAGCAGUGACUUCCUGGCGGUGGGCAGCAGCAUCGGCAUGCUCUACCUGUACUGUCGCCGCCUCGCUCACAUGAACAAGUACAGCCUGGAGGGUAAGAGUGAUGCCAUCACUGCUGUGAAGCUGCUCAGCUGUUUUGAUGACCUGGUUGCCGUGGGAACAUCUUCAGGUCGAGUCGCAGUCUUCCAGCUGGUGUCUCCACUUCCUGGAAGAAACAAACAGUUGCGGCGCUUCGACGUGGUCGGCCUCCACAAAGGUUCGGUGACGUCGUUGGCGUGGAGCACCAACGGGAUGAAGCUGUUCUCUGGAGAUGAUAAAGGACGCGUGGUCUUCUCGUCUCUGGACUUGGACCAGGGUGUAUGUAAGCCGGUCCUGCUCCUGGAGGAGUCCUCAGGUGUGGUUCAGAUGGAGUACAGUCACCAGGUCCUGCUGGUCUCCACCCAGCACAGGUCUCUGCUGUUCUGCACUCAGAGACAGGAAGUGGUGCAGCUGGGCACCAAGCCCCGUAAGAGCAGCGGCAGGUUCGGGGCCUGCUUCCUGCCGGCUCUCUGCAAACAGAGCGAUGUUCAGGUGUUCGCUGCUAGACCUGGACUCAGACUGUGGAGGUCUGACAUCAGAGGACAGGUGGAGGACACCCGGCUGCUCAAACCUCUCUACAACGCACAGAUCCCUCAGUUCGACUUGUUUCCUCGUGCUGAUCCGAUCGGAGCGUACCGUCCUCCGGACAGACAGCUCGGUCUGCUCAGCUGCUUCCUCAGAGAGGGCUGGAUCCUCAGCUGGAACGAGUACAGCCUCUACGUCCUGGACUGUGUCAAUGAGGUGAUGAUCGGGGCUUUGGAGAGCAGUGGAGACAUCGUGUCCGUGUCGUGUUGUGAUAAUGAGAUCUUCAUCCUGAAGGGGGACAGAGACAUUAUCCGUCUGUCCAACAGUCCCGAGGGUCUGGCCUCGAACCUGUCCGAGCUCUCCAUCCGUCUCACCUCACCUUUGACCACGCCCACCUUCCUGCCACCGACCGGAUCGGUGGAGACGGCUCAGCCAAUCAGAACCAUGGCUAUCAUCGUGGAGGGCGGGGGGAGGGAGGAGGGGGGAGGCGGAGGAUGGGAGAGGCAGAGCGAGGAUGGAGAGAGAGAGGAAGAUGAGGAUGGAGCGGAGGAGGUGGAGGAGGCGGAGGAGCAGCUGGAGGUGUCGGAGCAGCUCGGUCAGCGGUCCGGUCUGCUCACCAGCAGCUCUCGCAGCCGCAGCAGCUCGGUCACUUCCUGGGACAGUCUCCAUGGGAACGCCCCCGCCAACGCUGCCAGUGAGACGAGUUCCAGACGCUACAGCGCCCCCAUGGGUCAGGGGGAGAUGCAGCAGGAGCUGGUGGUGAAGGCCAUCAGAGUGAAGAAGAGGAGGAGGAGACGACAAGACAGCAGCAGUGGGAACCGGCUCUCCGAGAGCAGCCUCUCAGACUCCAUGUUUGUAGUCCAGGACAGCAGCUGCAGUGACGGAGGAAGUGGAACCCCUUUGAGCGACAGAGCCUCCCUCGUUGGUCUGGACCUUCAGAACCAGGACUCCCCAGAAUCAAACCAGGACUCACAGGAGACUGGGGGUGGAGAGGUGGAGUCCUGCAAACAGUCCAGCCUCCUCCCCCCAGGCUCCCUGCUCCUUCAGGGCCUGGAGAACCAGUUGAACCCAGGGAAGGUCUCUGGUCCCGUGGCAGAGGGUGAGGUUGUCCCUCCGACCCCUGAUGUGGACCUGUUGUUGGAGUGCACCUUCUCCUACAUGCAUAACACUGAGGAGGAGGAGCAGCAGCCGAUGGAGGAGCAGGAGGACGAGUAUCUGAGCCCUCUGAUUGGACCAGAGGACGAGGAGGAGGACGAGGACGAUGACGUGGCGCCCCCUGCUGGUGUGGUGGAUCAGAUGUUUUACUCCACUAUGUCCAACCUGGACAGAAAAACCAGCAUGUCCAGCGAUGACGAGGGAGACAUCUACUGUCCGUCUCUACCUGCUGCUGGGGACAUCACCUGUCCGUCCAAUCAGACCGAGAAGACAGCAGACAGACAGGUGGACCAGGACGCUCAGGACAGGGACUCACAUAAACCUGACCAGUUGGCAGAGAGCUGGAUGGGAUACUCGGGACCAGGAUGUGGAAUUCUGAGCCUGCAGGUAACUGACAGGUUCGUGUGGUGUCUGGACUUUAAAGGGGGACUGUUCUGCAGCGUUUUACCUGAAGCUGGACUCAACUGGCAGCGAUUUGAAGACAACGUCCACCAGAUGGCGUUAUCACCCUCAGGUAACCUGCUGUGGAAGGUGGAGCAGAAGACCAUGACGGCGUUCGCCUGUGCUAAAGUGUCAGUGAAAGGGAAACGUCACUGGUACAAAGCCGUGGAGCAGACGGCGUUUGUGGCUCUGAGUGACGACUCCGCCUGGAUCAUCAGGACCAACGGAGACCUCUACCUGCAGACAGGUCUGAGCGUGGAGCGGCCCUGUGCCCGCUCCGUGAAGGUGGACUCCCCCUGUGUGUUCAGCCAGGUGUGUGUGAGAGGGGGCGUGGUCUGGGCUCUGAGCGAACACAAAGCGGUGUUCUACAGAGAAGGUCUGAACAGCUACUGCAGCGAGGGCGAGGGCUGGAAGUACGACACCGUCAGUGAGGCUCAGGGUCUGGAGUUGAUGUGUGUUUCUCUGGGUGAUGGGGGUACAGCCUGGGCCCUGGAUGCCAGCGGCAGCCUCUGGUUCAGGACCGGGAUCUGCUCGUCCAGACCUCAGGGCGAGGACGACCACUGGUGGCAGAUCAGUAUUUCGGACUACGUGGUCUUUGAUCAGGGGAGUCUGUUCCAGACCCUGCUGCAGGCCACCCAGAGUGUUGCCACUGUAACCAGGGCGCCGGUGGAGCGCGUGGUGGCCUUCCUGUCUCAGUACUCGCAGUGCCAGCCAAGCCUGGUCAGUGCCAACUCCAGCGGGGUCUGGGUCGCCUCGGGACGGAACCAGCUGCACCUGGCCCGCGGCAGCCUUGUUGGAACUUUCUGGCAGAAUGUGGUUCCAAGAGGAACCGUGUCGGCCACCAGGUGGACCUUCAUCACGUCUUCAGCUGUGCCCCACAGAGAAGGUACGUUCCUGUGGUUGGCUCAGAGCAGGAAGGAUCUGUUCUGUGUUUGGGACCAGGAUGGAGAGCUCCGCCCCUCUUCUGUGCUCCUCCCCCCUGAGGUGGAGCUGACUCACCUGUCGGCCUGCCGUGACGCCCUCUGGGGUCUGGACUCUCACGGCAGAGUGUGUAUCCGGACUCUGUCUCCGUCCUGUCCGGCUGGACUCCACUGGACCCCGCUGGACCUCAGUCAGCUGGGCGGUGUGCGUCUGGUCAGUGUGAGCUGUGGCAGUCAGAACGUCUGGGCGGUGGACAGUCGAGGAGUGGUUUACUUCAGGGUCGGGACCCAGCCUCUGAACCCGAGCAUGAUGCUGCCGGCGUGGAUCCAGAUAGACUCACCUGCACAGCCAAUAGGAGUGCAGCUGGUCAGCAUUCAGACGAGUCCUAACGACCGCCUGCUCUGGGCGCUCGACAACAGAGGGAGCGUCUUCGUCAGGACCGGACUCAGCGACGAGAUGCCUGUGGGGACGGACUGGGAGCUGGUGCCAGGUCUGGCCGUCAGUCAGCUGGUCCUGAGCUCUCGGACGGUCUGGGUCCGGUGUGUAAACGGGGAUCUGGCGCGGCGAUACGGCGUCUCUGACAGAAACCCUGCCGGAGAUUACUGGAAGAAGAUCCCGGGGAACGCGAACUGGUUCACAGUGACUCCUGAGGACGAGUUGUGGGCGGUGACUCCGAUUGGUGGGUUGUCCCGUCGCCUGACAAAGCUCCUCCCUCAAACUCCCUGUAGACCCGCCCCCUCGGGCCCCUCCCUCAGCGUGGACGACGGGGAGGACGAAUGGGAGCUCAUCUAGCCUGUGACAUCACUGUGAUGUGGAACGGUUGUUUGACGUGGAUUCACCUGGUGGGACGCUGUGAUGUCACAGUGACAGUUUGUUUAUAAACUUCCUCCUGACACUAAACAGGAUGUGACAUCACUUCCUGUAACCUAAACAUUUAGGUUUCUAAAACAAGAUGGCCGCCACACAGGCUGCUGGGAAGUGAAGAGGACUGAGACGCUGUUUUAUUUUUGUUUAAAAGGAAGCACUUUAAUCUCUGAAGGGACACUGGACAGAACAUGGACCGGUUCUGACUGGACCAAACUGGUUCAGUCUGGAUCAAACUGGUUCACACUGGACCAAACUGGUUCUGACAAGCUCUAAAUCUGGUAGUAUUAACUGUAGUUUGGUCUGGUUCUACUGGAUCAAACUGGUUCUAACCGGUACUGACUGGUUUUCAAACAGCUCUUCUCGGAUCGAGUUUAACCUGGUUUAGAUCAGUGAAGUCUGGGACUGGUUCUAACUCUUUCUUAAUCUCUAAUCAGGGUGGGUCUAACUGGUUCUAACCAGUACUAACUGGUCCUUACUGGUCCUUACUGGUCCUUACCAGGUCAUUUUAUUUGUAAUUUGGAUGGACUUGGUUUUACAUGAGGAUGUUAAAGGGACAUUGACUAC